CAUGUAACUAACAGUCAUGUUAGUCAAAAUAACAACAGGGCAGUUAGAAGAGUUCUCUUGAGUGGUCAGUCGGAGCUCAGACGAGCUGUCCUUGGACAUGUCACUGCAGUUGAACACAAUUUAACGAGAUGUUUUAAGGGCAAUGGAGAGCGAACAGGGUGAAUCAUUUGCGCGCGGCGGAGAUUCAUCCGGCUCGGACACGCUGUCAGAAGGCGAGACGCGAGCCAAGACAUAUGAGCCUGAGUUACACUUUGACGAAUUGAAAUGUCACUCCUUAUUUGUGGGUCUCGAGGGAACAGUGAAGGAGAAUGAUGCAAAGAAAAGAAACACGAUGAUGAAAGCGAGAAAGGGGGAUCACCAUGAAGGAGAAAAUGAAGGGGACGAGGAUGAACUGCCGGAUAACAUCCUCUACCCCCCCUCCAUGACCUUCCGCAAGUCCAGUAACCCCGAGGUCUCUCACGGCUCCAGCUUAGCUCUGAAAUUCAAACGACAGCUCAGCGAAGAUGGUAGGCAGCUCCGGAGAGGAAGCCUAGGGGGCGCCCUAACAGGAAAGUACCUGCUGCCGUACGUAUCAGCCCAGCAAGCAUGGCCGGCCACAGGCUCUGAGACCACAAACCUGGUGCGCAUGCGCUCACAGACCCUCGGCAAGUCUGCGCCCUCCCUCACGGCCAGUCUGAAGGAGCUCAGUCUUCCCAGACGAGGAAGCUUCUGUAGAACGAGCAACAGAAAGAGUUUGAUAGGAAGUGGACAGUCGUCAGCUCUUCCUCGACCACACUCACCUCUUUCAUCACACACAGGCACAAGUCCUCAAGACAGCCCUAGAAACUUCUCGCCGAGUGCUUCAGCUCAUUUCUCCUUCACACGCAGGACUGAUGGGCGGCGCUGGUCCUUGGCAUCCCUCCCCUCAUCUGGUUAUGGAACUAACACGCCCAGCUCCACCGUCUCUUCGUCCUGUUCAUCACAGGAGAAGCUCCAUCAGCUGCCCUUCCAGCCCACAGCAGAUGAGCUCCACUUCCUGUCCAAACAUUUCUGUACCGAGAGCAUCGCUGGUGACGACCGCAGGAGAGUCAAGCCCAUGCGGCCACGCUCUCGCAGUCUCAGUCCUGGAAGAUCUGCGUCAUGCUGUGACCAUGAGAUUAUCAUGAUGAAUCAUGUGUAUAAAGAAAGAUUUCCUAAGGCCACAGCUCAGAUGGAGGAGCGCAUCAAGGAGAUCAUUCAGAGCAACUCCCCUGAGAACGUCCUGCCUCUGGCCGAUGGUGUGCUCAGCUUUGCUCACCACCAGAUCAUUGAGCUGGCCAGAGACUGCCUGGAGAAGUCUCGCCUUGGCCUCAUCACCUCCAGAUACUUCUGUGAGCUCACAGAUAAACUGGAAAGGCUCUUUCAGGAGUCGACUGAGCGAUCGGAGAGUGCGGAGGUGACCUUCAUCAAGGAGCUGGUGAAGAAGAUCCUCAUUGUCAUCGCCAGGCCCGCACGACUCCUGGAAUGUCUGGAGUUUGACCCUGAAGAGUUCUAUCAUCUCUUGGAAGCUGCAGAGGGUCAUGCCAAAGAGGGCCAAGGCAUCAAAUCUGACAUCCCACGAUACAUUAUCAGCCAACUUGGUCUGACAAGGGAUCCACUUGAGGAAAUUGCACAGUUAACUAGCUAUGACAGCGGGAUUGCAGAAACACCCGAGACGGAUGACUCUGUUAGUUUGCACAGCCUGAGCGCAGCACUACGGUCCCGACGCAAACCCUGUGAACUCGACUUUGAGAUGAUCAAACUGAUCAGUAAUGGGGCUUAUGGUGCUGUGUAUUUAGUGAGACACAAAGAGACCAAACAGCGCUUUGCCAUGAAGAAGAUCAACAAGCAGAACCUGAUGCUGAGGAACCAGAUCCAGCAGGCGUUUGUGGAGAGAGAUAUCCUGACGUUUGCCGAGAACCCGUUUGUGGUCAGCAUGUACUGCUCCUUUGAGACUCGACGACAUCUCUGCAUGGUGAUGGAGUAUGUGGAGGGAGGUGAUUGUGCUACUCUUCUGAAAAACAUGGGACCUCUCCCGGUUGACAUGGCUAGAAUGUAUUUUGCUGAGACUGUGUUAGCGCUGGAAUAUCUCCACAACUAUGGAAUCGUCCAUCGAGAUCUCAAACCAGACAAUUUGUUGGUCACUUCAAUGGGACACAUCAAGCUGACAGACUUCGGCCUGUCGAAGGUGGGACUAAUGAAUAUGACCACUAACCUCUAUGAGGGGCACAUUGAGAAGGAUGCCAGAGAGUUCUCUGAUAAACAGGUGUGUGGAACUCCUGAGUACAUCGCUCCAGAGGUGAUCUUGAGGCAGGGCUAUGGGAAGCCUGUGGAUUGGUGGGCAAUGGGCAUCAUCCUGUAUGAAUUUCUGGUGGGCUGUGUACCUUUCUUUGGAGACACUCCAGAAGAGCUGUUCGGCCAGGUCAUAAGCGAUGAAAUAAACUGGCCUGAGGGUGAAGAUGCUCCACCAGCUGAUGCUCAAGAGCUCAUCACACUGCUUCUCAGGCAGAACCCGCUGGAGCGGCUUGGCACUGCAGGAGGGGCAUACGAGGUCAAGCACCAUCAGUUCUUUCACAGUCUGGACUGGAACAGUCUGCUGAGACAGAAGGCAGAGUUCAUCCCUCAGCUUGAGUCUGAGGACGACACCAGCUACUUUGACACACGAUCUGAUAGGUACCAUCACUUAGAAACUGAGGAGGAGGAGGAUGCCAAUGAUGAAGAUUUCAACGUGGAACUGCGGCAGUUUUCCUCAUCCUCACACAGAUUCUCCAAAGUGUACAGUAGUCUGGAUCUGUCUCGAGGACAGCUGGAGGAGAAAGGAGAACAGACAGAGAAGAAGACAGAAAGUCCACUCACCGUUGACUCACUGAGCUGGACUCCAGAUUUCACUGAGAUCCCAUCUCUCUCUCAUUCAUCUGACACCGAGAGCACCAGCCUGAGUAGAUGUUCGGGUCUUCUCCCUAAGUUUGCCAUCUCUGCAGAAGUGGAGGAUGUCGAGGGCUCCCUGGCUCUGGAAGAUCCCAGUAAAGUGACAUUCAGUAUUGGGGAGCUGCCUCAGGAUGAGCCGGAUCCAACCACACCCUGUAGCACCAUCAGUAACUGCACCCUCUCAGGCAGUUUCUCAGAACACCUGGAUCAGGUGCCGUCACGAGGAGAGGGAGUGGAAAGUCCGGAUAGUUCUUAUAAGGCCUCCUCUGAAACGGGCUCCUUCCUGAGUGCUCCCAGACCAGAGGCCACAGAAAGACAGUGUGCAGUCAGCAAAGUGCCAAAAUCAGUGUCUACCAGUGCUCUGUCUCUCAUGAUCCCUGGAGAUGUUUUUGGUGUGUCACCAUUAGCAAGUCCAAUUUCUCCAUACUCGCUGUCAUCUGACCCCUCCUCCCGAGACUCCUCCCCCAGCCGAGACUCCUCCCUCUCUUGUGUCGGCUGUCGUCAGCCAAUUAUCAUCCACAGCUCAGGGAAGAAGUUUGGAUUCACUCUGCGAGCGAUCCGGGUCUACGCCUGUGACAGUGAUGUUUAUACCGUUUAUCACAUGGUCUGGAAUGUAGAGGAUGGUGGGCCUGCUCAUAAAGCUGGUCUUAAAGCUGGAGACCUCAUCACUCAUGUGAAUGGAGAAACAGUUCAUGGACUGCUUCACACUGAGGUGGUGGAACUACUGCUGAAGAGUGGAAGUAAAGUUGCAAUAUCCACAACCCCUUUUGAAAACACUUCAAUUAAAACUGGUCCAGCUAGAAGAAAUAGUUACAGAAGCAAAAUGGUUAGAAGAACCAAAAAGCCCAAGAAGGAGAAGACACAAGAUAGGCGACGAUCAGUAUUCAAACGUUUUGCCAUGCAGCCCUCUCCGCUCUUACACACCAGCCGCAGUUUCUCGUCACUAAACCGCUCGCUGUCCUCAGGAGAGAGUCUGCCUGGAUCUCCCACACACAGCCUCUCACCACGCUCCCCUAUAGUUGCCUUUCGCUCAACACCCGAUUUCAACCAGUCAGGUGGCACUUCAUCACAGAGUAGUUCCCCCAGUUCCAGUGCUCCUAACUCACCUGCAGGCUCUGGUCACAUCCGGCCCAGCACUCUGCAUGGCCUGGGGCCUAAACUCCCUGGACGGCUCCGUCAGGGCCGACGCAAAUCAGCAGGGAGCAUUCCCCUCUCUCCACUGGCUCGCACACCCUCUCCAACCCCUCAGCCUCAGCCCACCUCCCCUCAGCGCUCCCCAUCUCCCUUACUGACUCACACAGUGGGCAGCUCCAAAACUUCUCAGGCAUUCCCUGCCAAAAUGCACUCACCUCCCACGAUAGUCCGGCAUAUGGUGCGACCUAAGAGUGCUGAACCUCCUCGGUCACCACUCCUGAAGCGAGUCCAAUCAGAGGAGAAGCUAUCCCCCUCUUUUGCUGGAGACAAAAAGCAUUUAUGUUGCAGAAAGCACAGUUUAGAGGUCACCCAAGAGGAGGCCCAAGUAGAAUCCUCAUCUAGAGGGGAGCAUACCCCACCAUGCAUAGAGGAGAGCACUUGCUGUGAGCCGCCCACCAUUACUCGUGUGAGGCCAGCUGAGCAGGGUUGCUUAAAGCGGCCUGUAACCCGCAAGGUUGGCCGACAGGAGUCUUUAGAGGAGCUUGACAAGGAAAAGCUGAAGGCCAAAGUCGUGGUGAAGAGGCAGGACUGGGCUGAGAGACGAGAGUCUUUGCAAAAACAACACAUCAUGCAAGAUGUAGAAGGUUCUGCAUGUUCACACCUUGCUGACGAUAAGGAAUGGGGCAUAACAAGACCCAGUGUGAGACCCCAAGGUUCAGAAUCUGGAUCCCUGGAGAAAUUUACUAAUGCUACCUUGAAGGAUGUGCUCUACAAAAAACUAAACCCAAGAGUUUGUGAGAGCAUAUCAGAGUCUCUCAGCAGUGAGGACUGCGCAUCACUUCUAAGUGAAAACGUUAGGUCACCUUCAUGUCAAUCAGAAAGACAGAUGUCACGGCCAAUGAAGGAGGGUAAUAAACCAGACCGGUUCGAUUUCAAAGCCCCCAACAUGGAGUUUGCUAGGAAGAGACAGUCCUUUGAGGAGAGGGAGGACUCUUUGUGUCGAAUUUCCCCUGGUGUUCAUGAAAGCAUUCACUUCAACACCACCAGGUCCAAAAGUCUUCAGCUGGAUAAUUCUUUGGUUUUAGAACAUGUGAAAGGGGGAAUGGGCAACAUUCACAGCACUUCUGGAAUUGGUGCCGAUUGUUUGUCCUCUAAGCUAUUCAGUGGAAGAGGUGAGAGUGCUGUUGAAAAGCUUCAGAUGAUCUCUUCUGAAGGUCCCAUCAGGAAGACCUCAUCAGAGUACAAAAUAGAGGGACGACUUGUGUCCUCUUUAAAGCCACUUGAGGGCACGCUGGACAUUGGUCUACUUUCUGGGCCUUGGGUUUCCAAGACUGACACAUGUCUCUUUAAAAUGGAAGAUAGCCAUUUUGAAAGUGGUAUAUUGGCAGGAGAUCCAUGUGUAAAACAGCUAAUUCAACAGAAAACUACAGAGAAACCGAAAGGUCCACAGGCAGGGACAACAGGGACUCCUAACUAUAAGGACCAUGUGAAUUUGAGCAGUAAAAACUUUACAAAAGAAGAAUCCAUGUCCAAUAAGGACUGUAUAGUUGGUCCUAUUUGCAGUGAAGCUCAACAUGAUAGAAAUAAAUUUAAUGAUGGAAUGAAGUUGCAAAUUACAACCUCUAAAGUGGAGUCCAAUCACGAAAGUGUGAAAUCGGAGAAUAGGCUAAAGACAGCUCAGGAGAUGAGGGCUGCACGGCACAUUGCUCAUUUUGCAUGUGGGAAAACGCCCUCCAUCAGGGAGGUCAGCAAUGAAGAUCAGGAAGACGAUAUAGAAAACCCUGAGGAGACAUCUUCAAACCAAACUGAAACUCAAAAGAUACAACCUAACCUUGUUUCUUCUUCUGUUAUUCUUCAGAUAAACUCUUUCCAGCAAACCCCAGAAGCUAAAUCUGGUGGUAAUCAUAGUGGUCUAAGUGAGGCACCAUCCAGUUUACCAAAAACAGUGUUGUCUACAGAGAUGGGUGGCCCACAAAGCAUCAGUAAAGACAAACCAGCCAAUACAAACAAAACUGUGAUCAUUGUAAAGCAGACCUAUCAAUCCAGACAGAUUACAGGCAAUGCACUUGGAACAAGCCCAACCUUGGCUGCAACCCAGACUCCAUUAGAUAGAAAGAACAGGCUGGGUAGCACCAAAGACUCUCUUGAAUUUAGUUCUGGGAAUCCUCAAGAUUUAAAUGGAGACAGAUCAGCAAGCACAGUAAGAAGUUUAGACAAAAGCGUAGAGACUACAUUCAGAGACAAAACGGGUGGCACACUAACCUCAAUUGCUGGCCCAGAGCAAGCUAACCUACAGACGCAUUUCACUGAAAAAGCCUCCAUCUCACAAAAUAUAUCUAUAUCUCCCUCUGUCCCAACAACCCUGUCAGUUGUGUCUUCUGUCUCAACACCUGUAGAAGCACCCGAAAGUCCUGUUAUUAAAAGACCUUUGUCUCUAAAGCCUACCCUUCAAAGAAAAGCAACACCAUCAUCCAUUGCUGCCCCACUGAAGGCCACGUCUGCCACAGAUUCACAGGCCCAAUCUGUCCUACAAAUUUCUGCAUUGGCCGAGGUGAAAACAACCACCGUCCAAGCUACACAGUCUGAAAAAAUAUGUGCCAAAAGCUCUGUUGGUUUGCCAAAUGGACAGACAGCUCAACUCUCCAAACAAAUCUCAGACAGAACACAAAAUUCCAGUGUGUCAAGUGGUAGUAAAGAAUCAAGUGUGCCGUCUCAACAGUGCUUCAAUAAAAACAAGGUUCAAGUAAAUUCUGAGGAGGAAAAUAGCCAAUCCAAUUUGAAGGUGAAGGUUGUUAAAACCAUGCCAACAUCUGGAGACAAAAUGGCAGGCUCAAGAGAUAAAAUGGCACCUAAAAAGGACUUAAAAUGCAGUGCGACUGAAAAUAUUGCUAGUGACUCUAACCCUUCAGUCAAAACUGAAGUUUCAAAGAGCUGUGAAAAGCAAGAAUCCCUCAUCAAAAGUCAAGUAGAUGUAAGUACUGCAUUGAAGCAGGACACUGGUGCCAGCCCACCAAAGACUAAAUAUUGUGACACUACAACUAGAGACACUGUGCAGUCUGCAAUUAAAACAGAAGAUAAGCAGAAAUUCAAGAGCAUUCUUAACUUAGACAACCAGAAAACCAGUAAGCAAGUAAUGGACAUUUUAAUGACAGAGACAUGUCAAGCCCAAACUGCAAUAAAACAGACACAAUCACCUGGUAGUGCUAUAUUGAAACAAACUCCAUUGAGUUCCAAAAACAAACCCAGAGUAGACUCUCCGCUUGUUACACAAUCUAUUGGUAAAGCAGUUGAACAUAAGGGUAAGCAAGAGAACAAAGCACAGCUACAACAAGUUGGCAAAGAAUUCAUAGUAAAACCAAAGGAGCCGAGAGAGUCUGUUUCAUCUACACCUAAAGCCCAGCCGCAGAAAGAAACCUGCAUUGGUUCUCAAGGUGUGCCAGUGUUGCCUGUUCCUGAUGUUAAAAUCCAUGUUUCUAGUGGGUCUCUUCCAGGUAAGGGCAGUGGUGGCACAGCUGAAAUACUCAGAACUUCUUCUAAGGGACAAAUGAAGCUCAGAAUUGAUGUUCCAAGGUCAGACUGUCUCAAGGGCUCUAGCACUAGCGAAGCCAUAGGGGCUACUGCUACUAUUACAUCCAGUCCUGAGGCUAAACAUGCCUCCAAUGAGUCAAAGGUGACUGAAAAACCGAUUUCAUCUAGUCGACAAGAGCAAGUAGAGAAGAGGAAGGAGCUCUCUCAAGAACCUUUGUCUGCACCCAAAACUACCCGUAAAGACUCAUCAAGAGGCAUAACGUUGGCAAAGGAUAGCACUACUGAAAAAGAUUCAGUCCGUUCUAAACAAACAAAGGAUCCGCAACGCAUUUCUGCUUGUAAAAAGUGAUAAAUUAUUGUAGUUGCCAAGGUUAUCGAAUUUUAAAAGGACUAUGAGGAUAUAAUCAUCAUUUUUGUCUAUAUGUAAUAUCAUCAAGCCUUACUAUAUGAGGACCGGUGAAGCUGUUACUUUGGGUUUUCUCGAGAAACCAUAUAGAGAUUAAUUUGUUUUUGUGUGUUGUGAACUAUUAAGCUUUGUUUAAAUAACAUGUCAAAAAAAGUUUAGGCUGAAUGUAGAUUUGUUUUGCUGCUGACUCAUGGUCACUUUUUAGAUCUCGCAAAAGCACCAGUAUUUAUUGUUGGUGUAUUGUUGCGUUGCCAUGUGAGUAACAAGUGGCGUGUGCAAUAAUUUUGGAGAGGUGAGUGGAGAUGCUUUUUUAAAGGCUUAAAUGAACUGUGUCAUAUCUGGUUGAGAGGAGUCUGGUACCAAACGAAAAGCACCUCAAAUGUAGAGCUGAGGUGCAUGUAGCUUCAUGCUCAUUCAAACUAAAGUUAUCAUGUAUUACGCUGGUUUUUGAAAAACAUACGUAGCAAUGGUGCUAUUAAUGUGGCUUACACUCUGCAAGCAGAACACUAAAAUUGUAUUUCUUUAUUAUUUUUCAUCUGGUCUUUUUUUUUUUUUUUUUCUUAUCAGCAAAGUUUUGUUUUGGGUUGUGGUGCACAGAGGAAAAGCACUAUGUGCUGUGCUUCUCACCUAGAACUGUUUUAUCUUGGAAUCAUCUUGUGGUUCUGGAAUCGUAGUGGAAGGGGCCUUAGAGGUUUUUGGGAGGAAUAUGACUUGCUGUUCUUAGCAGGUUUUGGCGAAAUUCACAUUCCUUUCACAUACAUUUCUAAGGAUUAAUUUGUAUGCAAUAUAUUGUAAAUACAGCAGCAUUAAUUGUACUGAGGGGUCAGUUAAAAUGAGUGUUGUAUGUUUUAUAUGUAUAUAUUUUGCUAUGUCAUAUGUUUGUAUACUGUACUCAAAGUCAUCUGCUCAUUAAAUCCACUGAUAAUGGAGCCUAAACUAGAAGAAAAUCAUAAUCUCAUUUUAAAAUGAAGUAUACUUGAAGUUUCACUUUGGUAUGUUGGGGUUAACCACAUGGAUUUUCUGAUAUGUAUUUUAAAUGACGCAGCAGAGUUGCUCUCCGAAUGUUGUCUUUAACAUUGUACUUGAUACCGCUAACAUUGAACUCAAGCAUUUACAUAAAACAGGGACAAGAUGUAGCACAUUAUGUAAAAGGCAAGUUUUAGAAACUAAAGGAUAACCCGUGAGGUUUGCUGUGUAGGUUAUAUUUACAACCUGUUUUUCCAAAUAAGUGAAAUGUCAAGCUUUUAGGGCUAACAUUUGCCAUUUGGCAUUAAUGUCCCCUGGUUUGGUUAAAGGGGCUAAUACAGGUAUAAUCAAAUGUACUUAAGUGAUUACUUGUGGUAAGUCAGGGCUUUUGGUAAGUGUCAGGUGUUUCACCCCAUGUAUUUUUCAUUGUUCAGUCAGUGCUAACCUGUUCAUAUGCAAAUUACAACACUUAGAAAUGGGAAUUGUGUAAUACUUAAAAGUAUUUUUGCUAUUGACUUCAUAUCUCUAGUCAUGCAAAAGAAUUGUUCAGUGCAUUUCUUAUAUAUCCGAGGCGUUUCAAACUCUAUCAAAGUAAUCCCUUUUUCUUCCCAUAAGUUUAAAAGCAUAUUUGUAAUUAGUUACGCUUGAUCUAUAGACAGUUGCAUAGUGACCAACGAAGGUUAGCAACAGAAAAGAGGAGAUUGUGAAUUGUUUUCUCUUUUAAUACUUGGUCUUACUGUUAAACCUGACAUAGCUCUACAGGUAUAUAUGCAACACAUAAAGCAAAGUAACCGUAUAUCUACAGUACCGUCCAUUUAAGUACACUUGUAUUGCUAAACACCUAUGGUAUAUUACAGUAUGAUAUUAAAGUACUUACAAUAUUAAAAGUGUUUAUGUAAGCAAAGAGAAUAUAGAUGAGCUGGACACACAAACAUGUUUAAGUAUCUAAAUAUCAGAAUGUACCAUGUGACGAAAAGCUAAUAAAAUGGAUUGUAGAGAUUUUAAACUAUUAGCAGACGGAAGUUUCUGUUCCUCAUAGACUUGACAAAUGUAGUUAAGUCUGAAGAGAUACAGUGCACCUUAAAAUUAAAAACGCAAUGCUUCCUGGGAUUUUAGGGAAGAGUUUCUCAGCAUAAUAUGAACUUUAGUGAUAGAAAAUGUGAAUGUUUUAUAUGGCAUAUGCAUUGUCUAUGAUCUAUUAUCAAUAGUAUAGCAAUGAAUUAACCCCAAACAUUUUUGUUAGAACAUAAUUAUUCUUUCCCUUGCCUUUUCUGACAAUUGAUGUUUAAAUCCUAAAAGAAGCACAUUAAAUGUUUAUUUACAACUACUUCAUGGAUGUAUAUUUUGUACAUUGUGUUAUUUGCCAAAUUAACAUGCUAUGUCACAGGACAUUAUGCUGUAAUCGAUGUGUGUGAGUUUCUCUUAGUAUACACUUGCCGUCGAAGACUGUCGGUGGGUAGCCUAAUUGUUUGUUGUCUUUCCAGUUCAAAAUGUUCUUGCUUGUUUCCUUGAGUUUCCUUUCUUUUCUCUGUAUAUGUGCGAAAACAGUGUUUAUCUAGAUGACCCUGCUUAUCAUUAUCUUUUAGGAUCUGUGCAAUAAGAGAUGUGGUUUUGAGUUUUGUAUAU